GUGGGAUCAGGGCACACAGCCCCCAGGCAUGAGGGGCAGGCAGAGAGGGCUCUGUGGCCAUGUAGGGGCAUUUCUGGCUGGCGGGGAGGUCUGUGGCUACCACUGGGACGAAACAGAAGCCAGCUCGGAGGUCAGCCCACUGCUGCUCAUCCCUGCCCACAGGCAGAAGCUUCAUGAGGCAGAUCUGGAGUUGCAGAGGAAGCGGGAGUACAUUGAGGAGCUGGAGCCACCCACUGACAGCAGCACAGCCCGACGGAUCGAGGAGUUGCAGCAUAACCUGCAGAAGAAGGACGCGGACUUGCGGGCCAUGGAGGAGCGAUACCGCCGCUACGUGGACAAGGCCCGCAUGGUCAUGCAGACCAUGGAACCCAAGCAGCGGCCGGCUGCAGGGGGACCUCCAGAACUCUGUUCCCUAAGGACACAGCUCCGAGAACGCGAUGUCCGCAUCCGGCACCUGGAGAUGGACUUUGAGAAAAGCCGAAGUCAGAGGGAGCAGGAAGAAAAGCUGCUCAUCAGUGCCUGGUAUAAUAUGGGCAUGGCCUUGCAGCAGCGAGCUGGGGAAGAGCGGGCGCCUGCCCAUGCCCAGUCAUUCCUGGCACAGCAGCGGCUGGCAACCAAUGCUCGCCGUGGACCCCUGGGACGCCUGGCAUCUCUGAACCUUUGCCCCACUGACAAGCACUGACUUCAGGAUCCAGCCAGCCUGGGCUCCACCCACCCUGGCUUCCUCCAACUCACAUGGCGCCCAGCAUUGGGCUUCAGCCAGCUGCUCGAGAACUUUGAGGCCAAGAUCUCUGCCCUUCCCUCUCCCAGAUUGGUGGGGAGGGAGAGUGGGAGGUAGGUAUAGGCCUGUUCUUUUUAGCAAUGUGAUUCUUAUCGUUGAUUCUCUCUCUGGAGUUCAUGUGCUGCCUGGGGAGAGUCUGAUUUUAUAUUUGAGAAAAAUAAAGACUUUCAAUCUGC